AUGGCGUCCCCGGACGGCACCGAAUCUGAGCCGCCGCCGGUUGGGAGACUGUCGUUUCUCCGCAAGUUCAUGCAUAAGCCGAACCCGAGAAGCUCGUCGGUUCCCAAAGCGCCGCCGCAGAACCAUGCACCCGACCCUCAUGAGGCCGCCCCUCAGGAGCCCAUCCGGCCUACGGCUCCAUGCCACGCUGGGAGGGAGGUCAUCACAGGCCUGCCACGUUCCCAAACGUUCGCGAGGCAGCAGUCUGAACAACGGAUGAAUCUCGCUCCUGUCCCGCCCUCGGCAGACGAGAGGAGAGCUGCAUCGGUCGAUCGCCGCUCACGCAGCCGGCACACGCGACAUCCUUCGGAGCUCGGCGCGAACCCUCGCGUCAGUGCCCCGGGAUUGUUGGGCUCUUCGCAGGACGACGAAUUCCCCCACCAUGGCUCUCUGCAUACAGGAGAGUACGUUGGCCAUGGGCUGGCGGUACAGUCCAUGGACACAGAGCUGUUCCCCGAGCCUGGCAAAGGUGGCGAUGGGACGCUCCCACCCUCUGAUGGGUCGUUGGACGCCCAGUCCAUGACGACAUCGCAGCAUGAAGCCAUGAUCAACGACGAACUCGAAAGGAAAUGGAUUCUCAACCUCAGCAUGCACUUUAGGGAUCGUUCCAAACGGGAAAAAUUCUUCGUCACCUACCGAGAAAAGGAGCACCUCUGGCGUCGGGUCACCAUUUCCCUCGACUAUCGCUAUGCCACACCAAACUCACUUGAGAUGGACCUGUUCCAGACCCGAUAUCAGCGCGAAAAGAGUGCCAAAAUCUACGAGGCAAUUCGCGAGAGCCUGGCCGACAUCAAAUUCUACGACACCGUCACCAACCUCAAGCUCGAGACAACCGAUGGCCGACUUCAUGUCCACGUCGUCGAGGACGGCAAUGAAAUAAUCAAUUACCCUUCCGUCAGCCAAGUACGACAUUUGGGCUGCAGACGAAUCAGGGAGCGCGAUAUUGUCUUUGACUCCCACAUGUCCGGUUUUGUGUACAAGGUCAACGUGCAUGGCCAUGUUCUCAUCAAGAAGGAGAUACCGAGCCAGGAUACCAUCGACGAGUUUCUGUACGAGGUCAACGCCCUCAACAGCCUGCGCUACUCUAAUGACGUAGUCCGCUUCUACGGCGUCGUGGUUGACGACAAAGAUGACCACGUCAAGGGCCUCCUCAUCAGCUACGCGUCACAGGGCGCGCUCAUUGACAUCAUUUACGACCACUGUAAAGACGGCAACUACGCCCUUUCCUGGGCCACCAAGGAACGAUGGGCGCGACAGAUUGUGCAAGGUCUAUCAGAUGUUCACGAUUCUGGAUUCGUGCAAGGCGACUUUACCCUCUCCAACAUUGUCAUCGAUGAGUUUGACAACGCCAAAAUCAUCGACAUCAACAGGCGAGGCUGCCCCGUUGGCUGGGAGCCACCAGAGGCAACAGCCUUGAUCAAUGCCGGCCAUCGCAUCAGCAUGUACAUUGGCGUCAAGUCGGACCUGUAUCAACUCGGCAUGGUGCUGUGGGGACUUGCGAUGGAGGAGGACGAGCCUGAAGCGCAUGGCCGGCCGCUGAUGCUGGGCCCAGAGAUCAAUGUCCCUGACUGGUAUCGACAAAUGACGGAGAUAUGCCUCAGCGCCGAUCCAAGGAUGCGACAGCAGGCUUCGACGCUUUUGCGAAUGUUCCCGCAUACAACUGACGAGGACGAGCGUGCAUACGCCAAGCCACACCCCGUCACGGUUGACGACGGGCAUUCGCUCAACGAAUACUUUGUGGACGGCUACCGCGCCGAUGCUCGGCCACUGAUUAGGACCGUCGAACCGCCGAACGAUUUUCUCUACUCGGGCAGGACGUACGUGGAUACCAGCCCGGUGCCGUACGAGCAGUACUACCCAGCGCGCGGCCGUUCGCCUCCGAGCCCCUUGCCCAGUGACUUUGAUAUAUGCGAGUCAUCACGGGACCCCUUCAGCAAGACCUCGUGGGCUGCAAAUAGGAGCGUGCGACCCUCGUACACGGAUGUGGGCGCGGAUGAGAUGGGUACGGACGACAUGUCACAGCCAGAAAACGAGCAGGGCACACCAACACCGACAACGGGAAUUGCCGCCGUAGCUGACACGCCUCUUCCACAACCGUCGGAACCCGGGGCAGGAAGUGUUACAACAGCACCGGAGGUGGCUGGUGGAUUGACGAACCACGGCGCCGAGGCUGCAGGUGUGGCGACUCCGAAUGACAUUUCCGAUGCCGUGCGAGAGCAGCCUGGUGUCACGGGAGCGGAAGCUGCACCAACCCCUAGUUUGGUUCGAACAGACACCGUCGUCAGGCUUGACAUGGUCUCGCCGGCUCCUUCACACGACGCAGCAGACGCGGGUGCAACAACAGCCCACGAGGCAUCCAACAUGGCGAAGGAGAGUACUGUGUCGGAAAUUGUGUGCCGCUCCCGCGCACAUACGCCAGUGGAAUACAUCCGGCCAGCGACGGCACCGCAGACGCACCAGAACGCACCGGGUCACGACUCAGACCGCAAUUUCGCCGUGGAACGUGUGUCGAUGGCACGCCCUGAGGGGUCGACAGAGUCACAACAGGAGACAACAACGCUUGCUGCGCACGAGAAUAUGGGAAUCGGGGUCGAGCGGCAAACAGAACGCUUGGUAGCCCAGGAGCUUAGCGGCAUGGUGCUCAAGCCUCAGGCGGAGGGAGAUGACGACACAGGGCAAGGCGCUCAUUCGCAGAGCAACCUGUCGAACUCGACCGCCGGUGUCGCGACACGUAGCCGCCUUGCCUCAUCGCCUUUGGACGACUCGGACGCCCAUAUAAUGGCUCGGGCUGCCCGCGGACAAUCGAAGCCGGGUUUCGCGAGGCAAGCAUCGCUACCAGAAUCACUAACAGGCAUCGGAGCGGCACAUCUCGGAAUUGACGACAGCGUGAUGCGAAGACAGGGUAUAUUUGACGACGACCUGAACCCUAUAACCCGGCCCAGUACAGUGCCGGCAGUAAUGAUAACGACAGACUCGGGAACAUAA